AUGCCACCUCCCCCCGUCCGCUCCAACGAAGAACUGAACAUCUCCGUCCUCCGCCGUCACAACCCCGCCAUAACUUCAAUUCUCUCCCUAGCGCCUUAUGCCGUCAUCUACAUAUUCAGCCCAACCACACGGCAGUGGGAAAAGAGCGGAGUAGAGGGCUCAUUAUUUGUUUGUCAAUUAUCGCAGGGGUCUUUAGGCGAAGAACGGUACAACGCUUUUGUGCUGAAUCGGCGGGGUCUGCAGAAUUUCGAUGUUCCCCUGACGGACGGGGAUAAUGUGGAAAUUACGGAAGAAUAUGUGAUUCUUAAGGUCGAUGAUGACUCCGGGUUGGGUGUGGAUAAUAAUAACGGCAUGAAUGGGAAAAGUGCCGAUCUCCGCAUAUACGGUCUUUGGAUUUACUCCGAACCCCCUCCCAACUCUACGGCCGAAACGCGCAGUAUCAACGCUCAGGUGAUUCGGGAAUGCGCCAUACAUGCAGGCCAGAGUUUGAAGCUGGCCCGCGAGCGACUGGAAGCUACUCGCCAGAAUGGCCUGCACGCUGCAGCUGCGGCUGCGGCUUCUACCGCUGACCCCGUGGAAGAGGUGCAAUCAAGUGUUGCCAUGGGACGCCAGGUUUCUUUGAGGGAUCUUUUUGGACAACAAAGGGCUCAGGAUGAUGGGUGGAGUACAACGGCGCACCAUGCUGGUCCCCAAGGGUGGCCCCAGCCUGGGAUGGGUGUGCCGAUGGCGCAGCCGCAGCCGCAGCCUCAGCCUCAACAAGACGUACUGGGCGAUCUAUUUAGGAGGGCCGGGUUAGCGUACCAGGGGGGUCCCUGA